AUGGGUAAGAAGGAUAAAGGACCAAAAAUGACUACUGUUACCACCAAAGAUGGUGAACAAGUCAAAGUUUUCGAAGAAUUAGAUGACUUUGAAAGAUACUUAAAGUCUGAAUUCGAAGACACAACAAGAUUUGAUAACAUGCACUUAAAAUUAAAUUAUUAUCCACCAUUCGUCAUGCAUCAUUCUCAUGAUGAUCCUGAUAAGAUAAAAGAUACUGACAAUUCUCAUAAUAAAAAGUUUGUUCGUCAUUUACAUCAACAUGUGGAAAAACACUUAUUGAAGGAUAUCAAAGAAGCUGUUAAUCAUCCAGAUUUGAAAUGGCAUGAUAAGUCGAAGGAUGAAUCUUUUGAAAAAAUUGUGUGGCAUUAUGCUGAAGACACUGAAUAUAAUAAAAAACCAUUCAAGAUGGAAGUUAAUGUCGCUUGUAAUCAUUUAGAUGCGAUGGUUGAGGUGGAUUACAGAACUGUCCCAAUUACUCCAGCUUAA